AAACGACAAUUCAAAAGUGUCACAGAACUUGCAAAGUCCACAACGUGAGCGAAUAGUGUUUUGUUAAAAAUUAAAUUUAUAAUAAAAAAAUUUGUAGUAAUAAAGAAAAUUGAAAGGACUUUUCCGGUGAAAAAACUGAAAAUAAAUUUAAUUCUUUUUUGUGAUAUAAAUUUUUUAAUUGUCCUUGAAAAUGCGUCUGCUGUUGGAUAAGCAAAUCGAACUUAUCGAUCCUUCGGAACUUUUACGCCCCGAACCCGCUUUCGCCGAUAAAUGUCUGUCGAAAUUUCGCGAUUACAGUAUAAACGAGGAAGAUCCUCUAAAGGAGCGCGUACGCAGAACCUAUCGUGCUAUGCAUCUUAAUCAAACGGUUGAUUUCGUGAAAGCACGCCAUGAACGCUGGCUCAAAUUCAAUACUUUCCAGGCGACCGUACGCGAAGCGCUCGAGAAGCUCAACGAUCUGGUUGAUGAGUCAGACCCCGAUAUUGAUCUGCCAAAUAUCGUACACGCCUUCCAAGCAGCCGAACGUGCACGCGAGGAAUACCCCGAACUCGAUUGGCUACAUUUGACCGCACUCAUACACGAUCUCGGCAAAGUGAUGGCUUUCUACGACGAACCACAAUGGGCCGUGGUUGGCGACACCUUUCCGGUGGGUUGUAAAUGGGGUUCCAGCAUUGUGUAUCGCGACCAUAGCUUCGAAGGUAAUCCCGAUGGCGAAAAUCCAAAAUACAACAGCAAAUAUGGGAUUUAUGAACCAAAUUGUGGUGUUGAGAAUUUGCUCAUGUCCUGGGGACAUGACGAAUAUAUGUAUCGUGUGUUGAAGCAUAACAAGACUAAGCUGCCACAUGUGGCAUGUAACAUUAUACGUUUCCAUUCGUUCUAUCCAUGGCAUAAUGGCGGCGACUAUAAGCACUUGGAAGCGCCUGGCGAUGAGGAGACAAAGAAGUGGGUAUUGAUUUUCAAUCGCUAUGAUUUGUAUACCAAGAGCGAGAACUUGCCUGAUAUUGACGCUUUAUGGCCUUACUACCAAUCUUUGAUUGACAAGUAUUUACCUGGUGUUUUGGAGUUCUAAACUAAAUAGGUCUAGCAGCGGUUUAAUCUUCAUCACGACAAAUGGAACAAAGCUUUACGUGGCAACAUAAUUAUUCCUCAAUUUCGAGUGGAUCUCGAGGCAUUCUUGUAUAUACAUACAUUCAUACAUACAUUAAUCAUACUUAUUUACACUAAUCCAUAUUGAGAUAAAUAGUUUUUAAGCUUGAAAACGGCAAAGACCGGCAAUGGACUUUUGAAAAUAUUUUUUAAGCAAAAUAAAAUUACUAAAAAUAUCAAUUUUCUAUAUAAAA